AUCGACAGGCAGACGACCAUCCAUCUCACUCUGAAGGUGGUGGAGCCCUGUGAGGAGGAGCUGCCCUUGGUUCUGGUGGAGAGCGGCCAUGAGGGGCAGAGGCACCUCCCCCAGGUGCGAAGGGCCAGUUCGGUGGCCCAGGUGAAACAGAUGAUCGAGAGCAAGACCGCUGUCGUGCCCGAGAAACAGAUUGUGGUUUGCGACGGCAAGAAGCUGGGAGGGAAGUCCAUGGCGGAGUAUGGCACCAAAAGGGGCAGUUUACUGCUCAUGACGACCUACUGCGUUGGGGGGUGA